AUGUCCGACUAUACCGGCCCCGGCAUCCCGAGGACCACCAAAGCCAUCAAUACCCACUUUGAGAUUGUAUCGGCGGGAGGCUACUACGCCCAGCCCGAGAAAGGUGAUUGUGAAUAUCACAUCAUCUGCGCAAACUCUGGUUUGUACUUGUGCAUGAACUAUUCGGGUGGUGACUUCGGCAAGAUCACCGCCGAGGUUCGCCCUCCUCUUGACAACGACGUGCGCUGGAAGAUUGCACACACUGGAAACGGUACCUACACCAUCAACAACGUCAAUGGCAAGACAAAGCAGCAGCUCAACGUUCGUGGCGAAGGCAAGGCCAGCGGAACAGAGGUGAUCUCAUACGCCAUCAAGGAGGCUGCGAACACUCAGUUUGUUCUCAAGGCUGUUGUUGCAUAGGUAGUGCGGUCGAGUUUGUAGGCCGAGGCCAGUGCUACGGUUGAAGGCAAUGUCAGACUCCUCAGUCGAGAUGUAGCACGUAGAAUCUGUCACUCCUUCAUCAGAUUGAUCCGCUGUACACG